AUGAAGGAAUUUAUUAACACUUUACUGCCCUUUCUCAUUUGUUCCUACUACAGAAAAAACAAGAACAAAGAAAUGACCAAUGCAGUUACAAAUAUAAUGACAUGGUUUAUGGAUGAGGUAACAGAUAUUCUCUAUCCAACCAUAAUGGAAUAUGAAAAUAGAAAAAUAACUAGGAAAGAUAUGAGAGAUGAGGCCAGUGCCAAAAAGUGUGUCUGCACAGGCAGAAAGAUAACACCCGGCAGCUCACCAGGAUGUGGGAAGAAAGGGAGUAGAGGAAAACUAACCUCACUUUUUUCUCAGCACGCACCUGGCCUGUCUUCAACUCUUGGCAGAGAGGUUUGGGAAGACAAUCUUCCUGAGACUGAACCGGCAGCACUACCUCCUCGUCCGGCUAAUCAUCUCUCCCGUUUGCGCAGGGACAGUGUGCGCAGGGCUGCUCAGCUUGAGCAUCCCAGGCAGACUUUCCAAGCUGAGCGAUUUCCCCGUGGCCAAAGGUACUUUCAAUACAAACUGGCAGAAAAAGAUGGCCAAUUAGAAACCCAUCUCAUUAGGGAAGAUAUUUACUCUGAUGUCACACAAGAUCGCCCUAAAACAGGCAUGCUUAGAAAGUUAUUCUCACCGAUCAAUGCUCAGGAAUGA